CCUUUUUUUUUUUUUCUUGAUGGAGUGACUGCCCCUGAGCUCUGACCUAGCUUCAGAAAAACAGCCAGUGGAGUGGGUUCAUGACAAAGAAAUUAUCCAAUUACAGAUUAGCAAGGCUAUAAAAGGGAUUAGGAAGUGACAGAAAGGAGGAACACCCUGUGAGCCAGCAGCUGUAUAAGGGCAGCGCAGAGCUGGCUCCCCUGUUCUCUUCCACUCACCCCACGGGCUUCGCAUCUGCAGGACCAGCAUGUCUUGCUCGGCAGGCAUCUCUUCCUCCAGGGCCAGCGGCAGCAAGCAGUCAGCUGUCCGGGGCAGCUCAGCCUGGGGCUUCCAGGGAAGGGGCUCUAGCUGUGGCUUUGGAGGUGGCCUCAGAGGAGGCUCAGUAGGGGGCAGGUGGGGAGCAGGCUCAGGCUCUGGGGCUGGCUUUGGGAAGGGUUCCUGCUUUGGUGGGGGCUCUGGCUUCACUGGAGUUUCUGGGUUCAGUGUCGGGACUGGUGGAGGUCUCUGCAGCUACGGAGGUGGAAUGGGAGGUGGCUUUGGCAGUGGCAUGGGUGAUGGGGGGCUUCUCUCUGGCAAUGAAAAGCUGACCAUGCAGAACCUCAAUGACCGCCUGGCCAGUUACCUGGACAAGGUCCGGGCCCUGGAGGAAGCCAACACAGACCUGGAGAAUAAAAUCAAGCAGUGGUAUGACAAAUUUGGUCCUGGGUCUGGAGAUGGUGGGUCCAGAAGAGAUUACAGCAACUACUGUCGCAUCCUGGAAGAUCUCAGGAAGCAGAUCGCGGCUGCCGCAGUGGAAAACGCUAGGAUUAUUUUGCAAAUUGACAAUGCCAGGCUGGCUGCUGAUGACUUCAGGCUGAAGUACGAGACUGAGCUGGCCCUUCACCAGGGCGUGGAGGCUGACAUCAAUGGGCUGCGCAGGGUGCUGGACGAGCUGACCAUGACCCGCUCAGACCUAGAGGCACAGAUCGAGGGCCUGCAGGAGGAACUGAUCUGCCUGAGGAAAGACCACGAGCAGGAAAUGAAGAGUGUGCUAGGGAGCUGUGGAGGGGACGUGACCGUGGCGGUGGACGCUGCCCCGGGGACUGACCUGACCAAGCUGCUGAAUGAGAUGCGGGCGCAGUACGAGCAGCUGGCUGAGCAAAGCCAGCAGGAGGCAGAGGAGCAUUUCCUGGAGCAGAGCACGUCACUGCAGACACAGAUCUCUACUGAUGCCGGGGCAGCCAGUUCUGCCAAAAAGGAGAUAGCAGAGCUGAAACGCGCCCUGCAAGGCCUGGAAAUCGAGUUCCAGUCCCAGCUGGCCAUGAAAAGCUCCCUGGAAAGGACCCUGGCUGACACAGAAGCUGGCUAUGGGGCUCAGCUGUCAGGGAUCCAGGCGCAGAUCGGGUCCCUGGAGGAGCACCUCUGCCAGGUGCGGGCAGAAACCAAGUGCCAGGACCGGGAGUACGGGCUGCUGCUGGACAUCAAGACACGGCUGGAGGCGGAGAUCGAGACCUACCGCAGGCUGCUCCACGGAGAGGGCAGUGGCUCUGGUUUUGAAAGAUCCAGGAACUUGGACCUGAGUCACUCAAGACCUGACCAUCCAGAAAGAGAUUCUGGCAAGACCAGAGUGACUAAGACCAUCAUAGAAGAGGUGGUGGACGGCAAAGUCAUCUCCUCUCAAGUCAGCAGCAUCUCAGAGGUGAAAAUCAAGUAGGCAGCCUGCAGGUCUGCAAGACCGUCUUCAGGCAGCCAAUCACCUCUCUGCAUUUCUCCAGGGGAAACCAUCAGCUCAGAAACAGACGCCGCUCGGCUCCCGCACAUGCUAGCUUUCUUAUUAAAGCCUCUGCAAAGCUGAAAUGACAACCUUUGCUCUCACUUUGUCUAUGCUUCAAUAAACUCGCUCUGGCAAAAUGACAAA